AUGCCCUUUUUCAAAGAUCUUCGUCGUCGCUCCAAGGCCAGCUUUCAUACAACCAGGUCCCAUGAAUCGAAAUCCAAUGAAUCCCAAUCCAAUGGCGAGAUGACGUCGGGGAAAUCGUCGUCUACGCUCGAUACAGCCUCAUACAGCUCCGUCACCCCUCCAUCCUCCAUCAAACCCAACAAUGUAUCCUCGCCCAAUCUUCCCUCGUUGAAUGAAACAAGUGAAACCGAUUCUAGCUCCAAUGGCACUAGUACCCCGCUCGCCGUUCCUGCUCAGCGACCGGGUCCUGUUGUGCAUCCGUCCCAGCGCAAUAGUACCUUUGGCAGCUCAAUGUCGGUCAAUGGAAAUGCCCGGUCACCAACUCCGUCUUCUCCUUACGCUCCGAGGAUCGUUUCUAUCUUAGACAACGCAUGGGUCCAUCAAAAAGUUCUACUCGUUUACGGUCAGAUUGGUGACCCUCGACAACAUCCGCUGGACGGAAGUAUAACGGUCUACCAUCACCAAGAUAGCUUUCCAUCAGUCGCCUGGCCAGUCACCUCGUCUCAUUUCAAAACCCUAGUCCACCUCUCCCCGGGGCCAAACAGACUACGCUUUGAUUUCGUCUGUCCGAAAUUGUCGUCAGGAAGCGCCAAUCCUGUUGUUCAUUCAACAUGGAUUUCCGUCAACUAUCUACCUCUUGCACAAGCUCCGCCCCUUCACCUGGUAGUAUUGCUUGGGAAAGAUUCCGAUGGUACUUAUGACGCCGUACCAGAAAGGAUACAGCGGGAAGGGAAUGGGCUCGACACCGCCAUUCGAAAGUACCGCAUGGCUGCUUACCUCUGGCAAGCAUUCACGGGCGAGCAGAUGUUCCGCAGCAAUCUUGGGCGGCGUUGCUUCCGUUUCGAAGAAGAGUGGCAGACCGGUACUUUGAGUCGUCGCGAUGUCUCAAACGAGCAAAUGCGAAACGAAGCCAAAAUCCAUGUCGUCCGUACAGAGAAAACGGUCGCAGAGCUUCGGGAUCUCAACAUUGCCCAGCAAAACACCUCCGCCACCAACAAGGACGAAUUGUACAAAAUUGCCAAGGAAGCAGUCGCAAACCAUUUCCAACCUAAACCGGGGCAAAAGCAGUACGUUUCAGUCAUGCUCUUGGAUUCGCACUGGGACCAAGGCUCGCAGACCAUAACAGGCCAUGCCGCCUUGGGUUCGGACCGGGAUGAUAUCAAAAUGGCAGUCUUUGGAUCCCACAGUCUUCAGAGUUAUCCGUCUAGCUUAGAAGAGGUCGUUGAUGCCUUCUCUGAUUGUACCCGGACAGACACCAAUUCCAUUGCGAAUGACUCUGGUGAGGCUGGGUCGAAUUGGGAAUCUGCUAAUUUUGGCAUCGGUGCUCACCUCCACGAGGUUGGCCACAUAUUUGGGUGUCCACACCAGGAGUCCGGAAUUAUGCUGAAAGAUUACCUGCAACUAAAUCGAUCUUUCAUGACCCGCGAACCGUUUUCCACCCGCACGAAGACUCAGGGUCUCAAGCUAUGCUUGCCCCAGGAUGAAUGCAGUUGGCAUCGCCUUGAUGCUCUGCGUUUUCGAUUUCACCCCUGUUUCCGACUUCCAGGCGAUGCUCCUGCCAUCUCAGAUGACAGUGUCCAGGUCUGGCCUGUUGAAAGUGGCAAGAUUCUGUUUACCGCUUCAUCUGGUAUUGCUUUCAUGGAGCUCUACGCCGAAGGCGACAAUGUCUGUCACAACUUUAUCGAAUACCUCAAUAGUGAGUCAAGUAGCAAUGGACUCCCGAGGAAGAUUACCGUAACAGAAAGUGAGCUACGGCAACGACUAUUCGGAACCGAGAAAGAAAAGAAGAAGCAAGUCAAGAUUGUGGUAUACUCUGGCGCACUGGGCAGUCUUGCUAUCGACGACAUUACCAGCCUGAGGUCCAAGCUUUCACUGGUUAAAUUGCCCAAGGGAACUGGGUUCAGGGGUGGACGAUUAGGCUCUGGAAAGUUGGAUGGAAGUCAACCAGAACAACUCUUGUUGGACUGUGCUUUUCAAACUAAGCUUUUGACCUCAAUCAAGGUCUACCACGGUGAAGCAUUGGCGGGCUUGGAGUUUUGCUACGAAGAUUGCACUAGUCAGCUCUUCGGAAAGCGAGAAGGGAAACCUGGGGGUGAUGAAUUUGUGCUUGACAUUCGACGAGGGGAAAUUUUACUUGGUUUCUAUGUCCGAGCGGGACAGUGGAUCCAUGGCAUCGAAUUUCUCACAAGUCAAGGACGGAAAUCCGGCGUUUUCGGUAAUGCGCAUGGAGGUUCUGGACACACCUUGAUACCACCUUUAGGCUAUAAAAUUGCCGGUAUUUCAGGCUCCUGUGGCUCUUGUGUCGAUGGGUUUUCUCUGAUUAUCAUGCAUUGA